AUGGAUCACUUCGAAGUGGAUUCGGAAGUAGCUGAAGCCCUCACUGGCUUCCUCAACGACGACGACCCUUCUCUCCAUUCCAUUGACACACUCUUUCAAAACGACGACUUCAUGGCCGGCUACAUUCAACAGCAACCACCACCGCUUUUAGAGCAGCAGCCGCCACCACAGCUUUUUGAGCCAAAUGUAUAUCCUACAUUGGCUCCUGGCUGCAGUGCUCCUCCUCCUAGUUUGUCAGUUCAGAGUGUGGCAGCAAGGAAGCGGCGAAUGCGGAUCAGCGGGAAGACGCAGGAGCUUGCCCGACAUAUCCCCGGCGGCGUCAAGUUGAGCACUGCGGAUAUGUUUCAGUCUGCAUAUAAAUACAUAAAGUUUCUUGAAGCCCAGCUCGCUGUUCUUGAACUAACCACUCCCAGUGUGCAGGAAUGCGGAAGUAGAAAGGAAGAUGAAUAUUUGCAUGCAUUGUUAGCUUCUCUGACAUUGCAAGAGAAGUUGGCAGUGCAAGGGAUGUGCCUCGUGCCUUUAUAUGAGUUGCCUUAA